AUGUCCAGGUACAUUUUAAGGACACAGAUCUUCGAUCUGCAGCUGGGUUGGAGGUCAAACAAUCUCAUUGCGCAUGCCGCAUGCAGAUUCGUUUCUGGCUCGGUAGCUCUACGGACUGCCCCUUCAAACUCCACAAAUAAACAAGUUUCAGUGUCGGAGACCGUUGAUUUUUGCGGGGGACAGAUGGCAUUCUCAAGUUGCAAGCUGGUGGGCGGCGGUUCGCUUCCUUCGGCAGUCGGAGAGAACCAGUUACCCUGGAAGCGCUCGGUGACGACAACCCCGAAGAGAGCUCUUCCUCUUCAGGUGAGAAGUGAGGGAAAAUGCAAAAUAGAAGCUCCAAAAGCCUCUGGUGUUUCACGAAGAGAUUUGAUGUUAUGUUUGCCUGCUGGGACACUGGCAGCAGCCGCUCUUUUUCCUAUAAAACCUGCGGAAGCGCGCAUUGUCAAGCCCGAGAUCAGGAGGAAAAUUCAAGAGAAGUUUGAGAAGAUCAGGGAACAGUUUGGGUUGUCAAAGCCAAAGACCAAUGAUGGGAAAGAGCCAUACCCAUCACCACCAUCGUCAGAGGAGAAAAAGCCUCAAACUUUGCCCCCUGCACCACCUCAAAAUGCUCAAGGAAGCCUGCUUGUACCACCAGUGGAAGCAAUUCUGCCUUGA